CACGUGCUGCUGCCGAAGAACCCGGUGCAGACCUGGGAUCUACCUGCUCUGGAGCCUGUUCUGCUGCUGCUGGCUCCUUCGUGCGUCGUGUCUAGCAGCUAGCCUUUUCGUCUGAUGAACCUUGCCCGCCCCUCCAGGCAAGGGAAGAAGAAGGUCGUUGAGAAGCACGACUGCAAUGGGGCCGCAGCGAUUGGUCAUAUCAGAAGAGGGAUCGUCCGGGGCUUGUUCUUGCCUGCAGCCGUCUCUGGCAGUGUCAACACCGGUGAUUUCCGGGCGCAAAUCGGUGAAAUGCAUUCUGGUUGGGUUGCCCUCUGAUGUCAAGCUGGUGAAUUGGCACUGCAGGUUGCCGUGCAAGGCUAGACCUCAAGCUUGAUGCUGAGUAUAUAAGCGAGUGGCGGUC